CGGGUCUUACGCUUACGGCUUACCUGUAGGCUUGAGGAGCCGCUGGAUCUUCACGCUCAGACCCACCACCGCCUCUGCUGCCUCCAACGCCUCCGGCAGCUCCCUCUCCAUCCUGGACAGUCCCAGUCCCCUCACCGCAGCUCCUUGCGCCGUUCUCUCUCGCGCCUACCCGCCGCCGUCGCCGGCCGACUCCGCGCAUCGCCUAGGGUUUCUCUUUCCGUGUUUGCGGUCCCUAACGGCCUCCUCUUUCUGACUCUUAGAAUCUCAAACCCCCACCAGCAACUUAACCCGGCCUCGCUGCGGCGGUUCCCUAUGUCGAGCUCCGCCGCCCGCCGGCGCGUGGAAGACCAAUGAGGAAGCAGUAAUUGUGUGCGGUAAGUCUGUAGCUUCCCAAUUUGGCACGCUGAAAUACCGAAAUUGCAAUUCUCCAUGUUGUGUCACCACAUUCAGUUAUCAGGCAUGCUACUCCAACACAAAUUUGCAAUGCAAAGCCAAAUAUUAUUCUUAAGCAACGCACCAUCACUUUGAGCAGUGUGGGUCUGUCUGUGUGGUUUGGGUCGAUCGAUGCCAGCUCUGACACCACUUCAGAGUUCGUCCGUUUGAAGGUAUGUCAUGGCAUCGCCUCUCCGUUUUGUUCGUCUAGUUUGCUGCGUGCUCCGCAGGUUACAUGUAGCACUCAGGACUCUGGUGGAGUACUAAGACAUUACUUGUCAGUUGUCACUGUUAAAUUUCCUCAUUUGGCUUUCUGAAUGUGUCUAUCACAGUCGACAACUAAAUUUUUUACACAGACUGCACACGUUUUCUUUCCAAGUCUGUUUCACUCUUCUAAAUUUUCUUACCUUUGCCUCACGUUCAAGUUAGAAAAACUGGUCAUCCUGCAUUUAAUCGAGUCAACGUAGUCAAGCAUACCUGCAGGCCCAUUCCUUCAGGUAGACAAAAUCCUUUAAAAAAGACACCCCACACAACAUAACCUCUCCAAGCUUGCAGUUCUUGGUUCUUUCACAUCCUGUAAACUCUGGACAUCAUGCUCUCAGUGUUGUCUCGAGUCUGUAUUUCACUCAUCCUUUUCAUCUUCGUCGGUGCUCCAAUACUCCCAGCAGCAGCAAAAGCAAACAUGUCCGAGAUAGACCGUCAGGCCCUCCUUUGCUUCAAGUCUGGCAUCAGCUCUGAUCCUCUUGGCAUCCUGAACUCAUGGAGCGGCGCCUCACUUAACUUUUGUGCCUGGAAAGGGGUCACUUGUGGCACAAAGUUUCCACCCCGGGCAAUCUCUCUAGACUUGACCUCUGCACAUCUCAGCGGGCAAAUAUCUACAUGUGUAGGCAACUUGACUUUUCUGUCCGGGAUAAACCUUGCCGAUAAUCAUCUUUCAGGAACCAUUCCUGAUGAGUUGGGUAAGCUUGUAGACCUCCAUAUGCUGAUGCUUGCAGGCAGCAAUCUUGAAGGUACUAUCCCUGAUUCAUUAGGCGCUAGCAUGUCUCUUAGCUAUGUAAAUCUUGCGAACAAUACUCUUACCGGAGGUAUCCCUCUCUCAUUUGCCAAUAGCUCCUCACUCCGCACACUUAUACUGUCACGCAAUAACCUCUCUGGAGAGAUUCCUGCUACUUUGUUUCAUAGCUCAUCUCUACUUACUAUGGUUGAUCUGCAGUUAAAUUUUUUUACUGGUCAUAUCCCCCCUUUCUAUAAGAUCGCAGCUCUCAAAUUUCUUUGUCUGGCAGAGAACUUCCUCUCUGGAAGCAUACCUCCCUCAAUAGGAAAUGUUUCUUCUCUCACUUCUAUACUGCUCGACCAAAAUAAGUUAUCCGGAUUAAUUCCAGAAACUGUGAGUCACAUUACAAACCUUCUUAAGCUUGAUUUAAGCUUCAACACUUUGUCAGGGACUUUUCCGUUGUCGCUUUACAACAUGUCAUCACUCCAAUACUUCAGCGUAGCCAGAAAUGGCCUUGUUGGGCAGAUACCAUCUCACAUUGGUUACUCACUACCAAACCUCCAGUUUCUGAUCAUGGAAAGCAACAGGCUCAAUGGCCUGAUCCCUACUUCACUAGCCAACUUGUCAAAUUUGCAAACGCUUGAUCUUUCUAACAACUCGCUCCAUGGUUCUGUUCCAUCUCUUGGAUCCUUAGCAAACUUGCAUCGGGUGGUUUUAGGGAGGAACUUGCUACAAGCACAUGACUGGCUAUUCCUUUCAUCUCUAGCAAAUUGCACCCAGUUGACAAAGUUGUCCUUGGAAGGGAAUGCCCUGAAUGGCAGCCUACCUACGACAGUUGUUGAACUUUCCAGAAAACUAGAGGAUUUAUCGCUUGGCUCAAACCAAAUUUCCGGCUCCAUACCUCUUGGGAUAAGCAAUCUUGUUAACCUCACUUCUCUUAGGAUGGAAAGCAAUUUGCUUUCUGGUAGCAUACCUUCCACAAUUGGGAAACUGCAAAAACUAUUUAUCCUUAACUUAUCAAAAAACAAAUUAUCUGGUCAGAUCCCCUCCUCAGUUGGUGACAUUACUCAACUAGGCAAGCUUUAUCUUAAUGACAACAACUUGUCUGGUAAUAUACCAGGUAGUUUAGGUCAGUGCAUGGGACUUCUUGAACUAAACUUGUCUCGAAACAACCUUGAUGGAUUAAUUCCAGACGAACUCUUUCAUAACCCUCCACUCUCCUUGGGUCUGGACUUCUCACACAACAAUCUCACAGGGAAACUGCCAUUGGGACUGUGUAAGCAUGGUGUUAAUGGUCCAGUAUCCCUUCACAUGGAAGGAAACAAGUUCCGUGGACAAAUUCCAGAAUGUUGGAAUUUAUUAGUGUUGACCCAACAGAUUAAUCUUUCUCACAAUGCCUUAACGGGUUUCGUGCCUAUAUUCUUUGCGAAUCUCAACAUGCUAGAGCAACUUGAUCUGUCUUACAACAACCUGGAAGGUUCUGUUCCUACACGUGGGAUAUUUGAGAAUUUUACCCAGGCACAUUUGGAUGGCAAUGAGAGGCUCUGUUCAAGCUCCGCUACACUAGCAGCACUACCAACCUGUGCUGUCAUCUCGGCUCCAGCGACUAAAACAAAGCACCAUCUGUCCUUGCAUGUGACCUUGCUGCUAAUUGUACUACCACCACUUGCUAUUGGUUUUCUGUUGUUGCCAUGGUUUCUAUUUACACUUUGGGAGAGAGGGGUGACAUUUCGACGAUGGGAUGUUGUGUCCAAGAUGUUUUCAUUUCCACGUUGGGAUAAUUUGUCCAAGAUGUUUUGGUUCUUUGCCCAUCUCAAGAGAAGAAAAGUACAUACAGUUGCGUGCCAUGACGAGAAGAAGCUGAAGCGGGUGUCAUAUCAGGACAUCCUUGAAGCUACUAAUUGGUUUUCUUCGUACAACAAAGUAAGCUCAACCCGCACUGGAUCAGUCUAUGUUGGUAGGUUCAAGUUUGACAAUGACCUAGUGGCUAUCAAAGUAUUUAACCAGAAUGAACCUGGUGCAAACGAAAGUUUCUUUACUGAGUGUCAAGUGCUACGGAGCACGCGCCAUCGAAACAUUCUCAAAUGUGUGACGACAUGCUCAACGUUGGACACAGAAAGCAAUGAGUUCAGAGCACUAGUCUACCAGUUUAUGGCUAGUGGCAACCUUGAAAGAUGGCUUCACCCUAAGCAACACAAUGACAUACCAAAGAGAACCCUAAGCUUAGGCCUGAGGAUAUGCAUAGCCGUAGAUGUGGCCUCUGCUCUUGAUUAUCUUCACAACCAACCGAUGCCGCCUUUGAUGCAUUGUGAUUUGAAGCCAAGCAAUAUUCUUUUGGAUUAUGAUAUGACUGCAAUUAUUGGUGACUUUGGUUCAGCAAAGUUUCUGUUGCCAGUUUCGGGUAGUCCGGAAGACUUAAUCGUUAUCGGAGGAACAAUUGGAUACAUGGCACCUGAGUACAGAUUGGGCUGCCACAUCUCAGUAGGAGCUGAUGUCUAUAGUUUUGGAGUGAUUCUACUGGAGAUGAUUACCGGAAAACGGCCGACCGAUGAUAUGUUUGUCGACGGACUUAGCAUUCACAAGUUCUGUGAAUCCAUGUUCCCAGACAGACUUGCAGAGAUUCUAGAUCCUCAUAUGGCGCAUGACGAGCACCAAGGGUGUACAGAAGUAUGGAUGCAGAGAUAUGUUAUCCCGUUGGUUGCACUUGGCCUGUCAUGCUCCGUGGAAUCUCCAAAGUAUAGGCCUAUAAUGCAUGAUGUUUGUGCAAAACUAUUCGCUAUUAAAGAAGCUUUCCUGGAACCUUUUGAUGAUUGACGGGUAUUUCAACUCUGUGAGAGGUUGCUGAUUCAUUAUUGUUAAGAAUGUAAUUAUCUAGCCUGUCUAUUUGACAAACUUAAAGAAACGGCGAGGACACAUGUGAUUUGCAGUGAAUAAUAGCUGGCUGCUAGUAGUAUAAAUCACCAUUUGUUGCCGGCUUAUUCAAUGACUUUUCUUUUAAUAUUGAUGCGAAUGUACGGAAAAUUAUCGUGCUUGUAAUUAAGGGCUACCUUAUGUAAAGGUGGGUUUUGAUGUAAUAAUAUGUGCAGUCCAAUAAACUUCGCCAUUUCUUGACUA